UAGCACUAAUAAGUGAUCACUUGUGUUAAAACUUAUAGCUUUGAUAGUAUAAUAAUCAAUGUUAUUAAACAUGAUCUGGACAUUGAUCUAGUUAAGUUUCUGGUUCAUCCAGUGGACCAUUAUCAGUUCGACUGUUGUGUUCAUUGUGCUAUAAUUAAUAUGAAUAUAUGCUACAACAUAUGAAUCAAACAUGGAUAAUAAAUUGUGAAGUUGUAAAUUAAAAUUUUUGAGUUUCUUGCUAAUGUGCUUGAUGUUUUGAUAAAAUCACCAUGACGAUCCCAAAAUGUAUUAGAAAACCAUUAGAAAUUUACGUAUUGCUUUGAUCUUCUAGCUACUGCAUGUUCUAGAUAGUGAAGGACGUAGUUAAUUUCUAAGUACUUCGCUCAAAAUCCCUCGCAUCUUGAGAAUUUAAUUUGUUUUUUUGUGUAACUCGUGGCAAAGCUAACGCCUAUAUAUAGAUAGGCAAAAUGGCAAAAAUAUAUGCUCAGAAGCAAGACAUUGGCUUGUCUUCGAUACCCAACAGUUGGGAAAAGAUAUGGAAGACCAGGCACAAAACCUUGAGCAUGGAAACCUACAGUUAGCAGAAAGAGUAGCGCCACAACCGGCAACAAACCUAGAGCUGACAGUGGAGGAGGUGUUGGAGGAGUAUGUAGGAUCCUUCGGGUGGUCACAGUUCUUACAUGUGCUCUUGGUUUCACUAGCAUGGAUAUUUGAUUCACAGAACACAUUGGUUACCAUCUUCAGUGAUGCCCAACCAUCUGCUUGGAGAUGCAUAAAUAAUUCAUCGUCGUCUCUGUGCUUGUCUAGUAGCAGCAAUGGUGAUGCCUCUUCUGUUUGUGGACUGAUGCCAGACACUUGGGAAUGGGUCAAUGGCCAUACAAGUUCCAUUAUUGCUGAAUGGGGUCUCAUUUGUGACCGCAGGUUCCUUGCUGCUACACCUGCGUCACUGUUCUUUCUUGGUUCCCUCUUAGGUUCUGCAUUUUUUGGCCACCUAGCAGACGCAUCCCUGGGCCGAAAAAGAACAGUGCUACUCUCAUGUCUCUUAACCUCUGUCACCGCUUUCCUUACAUCCCUCUCACCGAACAUCUGGGUAUAUUCUUUGCUUCGAUUCGCAAAUGGUUUUUCUCGAUCUGGAAUAGGAAUCUGCUGUAUUGUUCUAGCUACAGAAGUGGUCGGACGAAAAUGGCGUGGUCCAGUUAGUCAAUAUGGCUUCUUUUUCUUCACUGCAGGAUUUCUUUCCCUGCCUUUAAUUGCCUAUCAUACAAGAACAAAUUGGAGGAAUUUAUACAAGAUUUUAUCACUUCUCCCUCUAGCCUACUCUGUCUUGUUCUUCCCUUUUGUCUCAGAAUCUCCGCGCUGGCUUCUUGUUAGGGGAAGGAGCAAAGAAGCCCUUGAUGUUUUGAAAACUUUCGCAAGGCUUAAUGGCAAGACACUGCCCGAAAACCUCUGUCUUGCCAAUCCGUCAGCACCGGGAGAGGGUGGUGAAAAUGAAGCGUUGACAAAAAAUUGCACAAAAGAAAGCCUGUGGAGGACAAAAUGGGCUGCUAAAAGAAUGAUCACAGUAAUGAUGGCAGGUUUCGGAAUUGGUUUUGUUUACUAUGGUGUUCAACUGAAUGUUGAGAACCUGAAUUUCAACCUUUAUUUCUCUGUUGGACUCAACGCAUUGAUGGAGGUUCCUGCAGUUGUCAUCGGUACUAUACUCUUGGGCCUCACUGGCCGGCGACUUCUCUUCUCACUCUCUGCUUUUCUAGCUGGGAUUUCUUGCCUUCUUUGCAUCGUUUUCGCUCAUGGAAAACGCGCAAAGAACGCUGACAAAUCCAGUACUGGGAAUUGGGCUCAACUGGCUAUUGAAGGAAUUGGUUUCAUGGCUGCUUCAGUGGCAUUCGAUGUCUUGUAUGUUUAUUGCAUUGAGCUAUUCCCAACCAAUGUGAGAAACUUUGCCGUGUCGCAAUCAAGACAAGCCUUGAUGUUGGGUGCUUCAAUAGCACCAUUGCUAGUUGCUGCCGGUCGCUUAAGUCCAUCUCUUUCUUUCCUCGUAUUUGGGAUCCUCUCCAUUUUUAGUGGAGUUUUAAGUUGGUGGCUACCUGAGACAAGAAACGCUCCUCUUUAUGACACUUUGAAGCAAGAAGAAGAAGAUGAGAAAAACAAAGUUGGGAAUCAAAUUACUCAAGCAUAGAGCCUCUUGUAAAGUAUAUGGAAAAAAAUAAAUAAAAAAAAAAUACUAGUGCUUUUCCAUAUGUAUGUAUGAUAUAGUGCUCUUACAAAAAUUCCUAGUUUUUAAUUCAAAUUUCAAUGGUG